CAACCAAUACGUCCAAACACUCAAGGGUAUAUAUUGGACCAAAGACUAAUAUACUCUUGAGCAUUUGGGAACUAGCAAGAGCAAUCACUUUUUAGAGUAAGAAAGAGAAAAUACUCUCUAAUCUCUAACCAAAAAAAAGGAGCAGAGAGAAAAUGGGAAGAGCUCCAUGUUGUGAGAAAAUGGGGUUGAAGAAAGGUCCAUGGACUCCUGAAGAAGAUCAACUCUUGGUUAAUUACAUUCAUCUUCAUGGUCAUAGUAAUUGGCGUGCUCUCCCUAAACACGCUGGUUUGUUAAGGUGUGGGAAGAGUUGCAGGCUUAGAUGGACAAACUAUUUGAGGCCUGAUAUUAAGAGAGGCAAUUUUACUCAAGAGGAAGAAGAUACUAUUAUCAAUUUGCAUCAAAUGCUUGGAAAUAGGUGGUCCGCAAUAGCAGCAAAAUUGCCCGGAAGAACGGACAAUGAAAUUAAGAAUGUAUGGCACACUCACUUAAAGAAGAGGCUUCCUAAGCCAGAAAUCGACUCCGCCACGGCCACGGCCACGGCCACCACCAUCGAUACCACCUCCGGGCCUACCAAGAAGCGGGCUCGGAGAUCGAAGUCCUCAUUAAAGGAUGGAAUCUCCGAGGGCCCGCCACGAAGGCACGUGAAGUGCAUGGAUCAUGCUUUGGAGAAAGAUUGCUACAACGACAGUAGCAAUAAUAGUAAUAGUAAUAACGAGGGCGACAGUGUAAGGCCUACACAUUCGAUCAUACGUGACCCAAUUUCCCCACAACCGUGUACUAGUGAAGUGUCUACAAUUACUAGUACUAGUGCUAGUGAAAAUGACAAUUGUAGCAAGGAAAAUGUGGUGAAAAAGGAGGGAUAUAUCGGCGAAUUUCCUGAAUUCAACGACGAUUUUUGGAUGGAAGUGUUGUCUGUUGAAGACACUGCCAUGUCAACGGAAGAUCUUCCUAGUGUCUCGCAGUGCUACCUAAGCAAUUCAUCAGUGACGGAGCCAGCAGCAGCGUGUUUAACGGACUCUAAGGCCGUCGCUGCUCAUAGCGACGAUAUGGAUUUUUUUUGGUAUAAUCUGUUGACAAGACCUGAUGACCAUUUACCUGAAUUUUCAGAGAUGUUGUGAUACUUAGAUGUUCAAAAUUAGGUACUAGUUAGGAUUUUUUUUUUGGUUUUUGGUAGUUUUAGGGGGUUUCCCUUGGUAGUUCACAUGUAAUAUGGUUGGAAAUUGUCCAUUUGACAUAACAAUUUGGUAUGUUUGUGACUUGAGAAUUGAGACACCUUCUUUAAAAUUGAGUCCAAAUUUGGUUUUUGCUCUUA